CCGGUCACGCGCCGCAGUCUUCAAUGCAGUUCCCAGUGGCUGGUCCAUCGAGCCUCGAGCGCACAUACACCGCCAGCCAAAGGAUGGAUCAUAUCGCCAAUGCGUCAGCAAGUGCCGUAUAUCCGGGAUCGUGGGAUGGGGAAUCCUGGACGCAGACAGCACCGAACGAACCAGUACCGGACCUCGACAUCAUUCAUCGGGGUUCGAUGCGAGAAACACCACGUCCCCCACGCAAUCCUUGGGGAGGACAAUACUCGUCUAUUGCAGGGCCUGCUUCCGGAUCGACGAGUAGGCCACCACCGCACUUGGAAGGGUGUGGAUGGCCACUUGUGCCAUGUAUGUGUUUCAACACAGAUAUAGGGUCCUGAGAUGGCGAAGCUAGGAUUUCACAGAGCCUAUGGAUGAUUAGAGGACUUGGUUCUUGUUUUGGAGACGGAUUGUCUACCUGUUAGACCCAGAUUUAC